AAAAAGCCGAAGUGACAAGUGUGAGUUUCUUCGAUUCUCAUCGUAGAAUUGUGAUUGUAAAGCGUGAGUGUGACGUGAGACGUGACCAAAAGCAUUUCUCGGUUUAAGUAUUUUAUCUUUGCAUCGGGUAGUGACUAGUGUAGUAAGUAGUUGCUGAGUACAGCACACGUACAUACUGUAAACCUAUCGAAGAAAAUAUUGUGGAGGCGACGAGUGAUAAAACUACAAACAAGUAGUGACGAAAUAGUUUAUAAAUUAUCCAACUGCAUAAGUACAAUUUACGGCAAAGCUACAAGUGCGAAUAAUAAAAUAGUAAAGCGUGAUGUGCAUUCAACAGCAUGACGCAAUACAAGUUCAAAUAAUCAUUGCUAUCACAGACUGAUUUAACUCAGUAAACCGGAUACCGUUGUCAGCACAACAUUAAAGGGAAUACAUCAAUCAACUGUAUACUUAAUAUUGUUUAGUUCAAUGUUUUAUUGUUGUUAUUGAAUUCUUAAGUAAUUGGUGUUAAUUUUACUUAAAACAAAUAAUAUAUUAUUAUUUUAAAACUGAGGAAUAAUUAGGAAAGUCCAAAAAUGGCUUUGCUAAAAAGAAUAAAUGAACGAAUACCCAAAAGAGCAGUUUUAGGAGUCUUAAUGUUUUUAGCAUGCAUGUUUUCAUAUGUCAUUCGUACAAAUUUAUCAAUUGUAAUUGUUGCGAUGGUAAAUGCUAAGAAAGGUCGGAAAGGUCCAUUCUGCAGUAAUUUACUGUCUAACUCAACACAAACAGUUAUACCUGAUAUUGAUGAGAAAUAUACUUGGAGUCAACAAGUUCAAGGAGCGAUUUUAUCAUCAUAUUUUGUCGGUCCUUUGUUAUCAAGUGUUCCGUCAGGAAUGUUAGCUGAAAAGUUCGGCGGUGCCCGAGUUGCUGGAUACGCUACUUUGAUACCAGCAUUACUAAAUCUCUUGAUGCCGGUAGCUGCUGGGUGGCAUUAUUCCGUAGUUAUUAUAUUACGUUUUUUGAUGGGUUUCUCUGGGUCAGCAGUAUAUCCAGCUUUACAUGCAAUGAUAGCGCGGUGGGCUCCUCCAACUGAAAAAGGAAUGUUUGUUUGGACCAUGCAAGGUGGACCAUUUGGAGCCUUCGUAACAUUCACUCUCUGCUCUUUGAUAAUAAGUUCCCUGGGUUGGCACGCAGCAUACUACAUAACCAGCGGUUUGAUGCUACUCUUCUGGGUGUUCUGGGUUUGGCUAGCCUACGACACACCGGACGUCCACCCAACAAUAACAGACGAAGAAAAAACCUACAUCAAGGAGCAAAUAGGAACAAGCGUAAGUAAGCAGAAGGUAGCUUUGCCAAUCGUAGCAAUGGCAUCAUCUCCACCAUUCUUGGUUUUACUUUGGGCGCAUUUCGCGAAUAUGUGGGGAAUUUACUUCCUUUCCACAAACGGUCCAAAAUACACCCUGGAAAUCUUGGGCCUGGACAUGGUAUCCGGAGGAUUCCUCACGGGGUUGCCUUACAUCGCUAGAUUGGGCGCUGGCGCUCUAUUUGCAGCUGUUGGAGAUGCGAUAAGAAAACGCAAUAUUUUAUCAGUUCUCUGGAUCCGUAAAUCGUUCAUGAUUUUCUCUCACGUUGGUCCAGGUGUUGCACUGCUUAUCAUGACUUACGUCGAGUGCAAUGCCAUCGCUGCAACGUCCAUGAUGAUUCUAGCUUUGGCUUUGAAUGGAGCCGCUUGUCAGACCAGCUUGCAAAAUCACCAAGAUCUUGCGCCAAAUUUCGCUGGAUCGCUCUACGGAAUUAUGAAUGUUUUUGGAAGCGUUCCUGGGUUCGUUAUUCCUUCUGUUAUUGGUGCGUUGACUAAUCAUCACAAUGGUGUUGAAGAGUGGCGUUGGAUGUUCUGGAUUUCUGCUAUUGUAUUCUUCUCCGCUACUGUCUUAUUUUGGAUCCUUGGCUCUGCUAGUAUUCAGCCUUGGAAUGAUUACAAUAAAAAUAUUGUCACUGCUAAUAUUGGGGAGGAAGGAAAUAAAAUUAAUGAAGUUAAUGGCAAAGAAGCUGCUGUUCAAAGCGAAGAUGAAGAAAAUGAACGGUUGUAAAAUUAAAUGUUAUCUAAAGGCGUAUAAAAAUAUUUUUUUUUUUUUUUUCAAUUAUACUCAAAAAAAUUAAAU